AUGUCUGGAGCGUCUCAAAACGACCCCUACGCCUUCGCUUCUGAUUCUGCUUCCGCUUCCGCUUCCGCUUCCGCUUCCGCCGCUUCGUCCUCGUCGCUUACUCCAAACUCCAAUGCCGACGAUCGCGACGAGCUCGAUUUCCUUCACGACGACGCCAGCGAUGACAGCGGCCGGGGAAGGUCUCGCGACCGAGAUCAUGUGCUCGGCGACGAUCCGCUUCAGAGCAAUCUGGGUGCGCCCAUGACCUUUAAACGUAGACAGGGGCCCUCGUUCUGGUCUGCGCCCUCUCGACUUCUCUCCGCCAUCACAGGUUCACGACUGCAUGCCUCCUCGAGAGGACCGUCUCCGGCUGUUUAUCCAAGCUCUAAUACCCCCCCGCGCCCUGAGACUGUCAUAUUCAACGAAGCUUCCAAGGAUGGUGUGCCGCAUGAUUGGUAUGUCGAGGGACCAGGGCGUCGAGUUGGUUACGAGGAUCUUACGGCCAUCGAUUGGAUCUUCGAAUACACAAAAGAGCGCCAGAGAUUGCGCAUGCUAUACUCGAGUGCGUCUGGGGUUGUAGGUUAUGUGCGACGCCUCAUUGAUGCCAGCCAAGUCUGGAUCGUCCUGCUUUUGACGGGUAUGCUUGUAGGCACUGUUGCUGCUGUCAUCAACGUCACGACCGAUUGGCUUGGAGAUUUGAAGGAAGGAUACUGCGCCAGUGGUCCAGAAGGAGGCCAUUUUUACCUAAACAAGGCCUUCUGCUGUUAUGGCUAUGACCAAGGCUCCAAAUGCGACGGUUGGAAGACUUGGGGCGACGCCCUGGGAGUCCAUUCAAAAGGUGGCAAGUGGUUCAUCGAGUAUUUCUUCUUCAUUUCUUUCGCGAUGCUGUUUGCAUAUGUCGCAGCCCUUCUCGUCCAAGAAUAUGCCAUCUACGCAAAACACAGUGGUAUUCCAGAAAUCAAGACUGUUCUGGGGGGCUUCGUCAUUCGACGGUUCCUUGGACUCUGGACACUCAUCAUCAAGUCUCUUGGUCUUGCUCUUGCGGUUGCAUCAGGCAUGUGGUUGGGUAAAGAAGGCCCCCUAAUUCAUGUUGCUUGCUGUUGCGCCAACGUAUUUACGAAAUUGUUCCGCAACAUCAAUGACAAUGAAGCCCGCAAGCGUGAGGUUCUUUCGGCUGCUGCCGCUUCAGGUGUCUCAGUUGCAUUUGGUUCCCCCAUCGGUGGUGUCUUAUUCAGUCUCGAGACUUUGUCUUAUUACUUUCCAGACAAGACGAUGUGGCAGAGCUUUGUCUGUGCCAUGACUGCUGCAGUUGUUCUUCAGGCUUUCGAUCCCUUUCGAUCUGGCAAGCUUGUCUUGUAUCAGGUUCACUACAGCAUUGGAUGGCAUGGCUUCGAGCUGCUCCCCUACGCCAUACUAGGCAUCAUGGGUGGCAUACAUGGCGGUUUCUUCAUAAGGCUCAACAUGGCUAUUGCUCGCUGGAAGAAGUCGAACCGAUGGAUUCCAGGCCCUAUCGUCCAAGUUCUCAUCGUGGCCUUCUUCACGGCCCUCAUCAACUACCCCAACUUCUACAUGAAAGUGCAGACGACUGAGCUCGUCUCCAACCUCUUUUCAGAAUGCUCGCAGGUUCUUGACGACCCCAUCGGCCUCUGUAGAACAGGAGCUGCCUCGGCUAGGACCAUUGUCCUCCUAGUCUUUGCAUCUGUAUUGGGCUUCUUCCUCGCCGCUGUCACAUUCGGUCUCCAGAUUCCCGCCGGAAUCAUUCUCCCUUCUAUGGCCAUUGGUGCCUUGACAGGCCGCGCUGUAGGUAUCAUCAUGGAGAUUUGGGUUACCAAUCACCCUGGAUUCUUCUUAUUUGGCUCAUGCGAACCUGACAUACCCUGCGUCACACCAGGGACAUACGCCAUCGUCGGAGCAGCAGCAUCUCUUGCUGGAGUAACCCGUUUGACUGUCUCUAUUGUCGUCAUCAUGUUCGAGCUCACGGGCGCCCUCACCUAUGUUCUCCCCAUUAUGAUCGCUGUCAUGAUAUCAAAGUGGGUGGGCGAUGCUUUCUCUCGUCGCGGUAUCUACGAAUCGUGGAUUCACUUCAACGAGUAUCCCUUUCUCGACAACAGUGAGAACAACGAAUCUAUCCCUGACAUCCCAGCUUCUCAAGUCAUGACUCGCAUCGAGGAUCUUGUAGUUCUUACUGCCACAGGUCACACCAUCGCAUCUCUCACCACUAUCCUCGAGAUGCACCCAUACCGCGGUUUCCCCGUCAUAUCAGAUCCCCGAGAAGCCAUUCUUCUUGGAUAUAUCUCUCGUGCCGAGCUGGCAUAUAAUCUCUCAGCCUCAACGCAAGCACCUCGUUUGCUACCACCUGAGACUGAAGCCUUUUUCUCUCACCAACCCAUGGCAGAUCCACGUACGACCCUGGAUCUUCGCCCCUGGAUGGACCAAACACCGCUUACCCGGGCUUCGCAUACAAGUCUUCACCUUGUCGCUACAUAUUUUCAAAAGCUCGGCCUGAGAUAUCUUCUCUUCAGCGAUCGCGGAGUACUGCAGGGCUUGUUGACGAAGAAGGACGUCUGGUAUGUCCUCAAUGGUGCCGAAGAGACACGCCGCACUAUGGGUCUGGCACCCGGUGGUGCUGGUCAUGAGACUGGCGUGACAGACAGGAUAGCAGAUGACAAUGGCGGCGGUGAAAGUAGUGGAUUAUUACAUGGCGAUGGUGCCGAUGAUGGGGAUAGCAUACAAGGGGAAGAACCAAUGUUAUAA